AUGGGACCAUCUCAAACAACGGGAAAGGGUAUAGAAAAAAACACCAGCGACGACCGGGAACGAAACCGACGAAAUUUACACCGUGGUGUGUUAAAAACGCGAAGCGCGGGGUGCAACGGGACUGGGAGCGCCGGGGAAAAAAUGGAACCGUCUGGGCGUUUCCCGCGGGACCGUGCGAAGAACGUUUCGGGGGAUGUUUUCGGGGGCGGAGUUAAAACGGAGACAAACAGUGGACGGGCGGGGGGGGACCACGGGACUACGAUUAAUGGUUUGAACAUUGGUUUAAAAUAUUAA